AUGCAAACAGCAUCUAUAAUUGACACAAAAUCUUAUGAUCUCCAAUGCCCAAAUGAAUCAUAUGACAGCUUGGAGUUAAUGACUGAUGAAGAGUUGAUGUUUGAUGAUGACAAACUAAAGCAUAUCAAUAUAAAGAAUUUUAGUUCAAUUCAUAGAGACAUUAAGGAUAAGUCGAAUAGAAAUAAUCAACAGCAAAGCAGAUCACCAUAAAAUUAAAAUGAUUACAACUCACAGAAUUAUAAUUCAAAUAAACAUACAUAAGAUGAUUUAAGCAAUCUUAUGAAAUACCAAAACUAAAGAAGUCCGAUAAGAAAUCUAAGUACAAAUCAAAUAAUCUCAAUAUUAAUACCCUUCCACAGGAAGCAAAAAGAAGACAAUAAAGCACAAUUUAUUAGUAUAACAAGCACUGAUUAAGUGAAGCCGCUUAAUGAAAUCAAGAAAAAUGAUGCUAAAAAUGAAUUUAUCUAUUAGAGAGGAGGGAAAUACAAUCUUGAUUACUAUGUUGAAAAUUCUAAAUUGAAAUCUUAUGAUAUGAAUAGUCAAAAUUCUAAAGUUUAAGUUAAUACCCACAAUUAAGCAUCAAGUAUCAAUAAGUCACCUCAAGUCACAAUUAAAAUAUAAGGGGAAUCCAAGACUAGAGGCUAAAAGAAAUAAUCUAUUGCUAAAACAUUAACCUCAAUUAAGAAAGCUGAUGAAAAUUCAAGACAAUAAUCAAGAUUGACUAAAAUGUAGCAAGGGUCUCAUAAACUACUUUCAACCAAUCAAUUUAAAAAAAUGUAAGAACCUGUAAGAAGUCAUAGGAAUCAAGCUAAUCAGAAUAUCCCUCUGAUACAAACUCAGGAACUAUUUAAGGGAGAUAAUCCUGGGGUUAAAAAUAACAAUAAAGAUUUUAAACAGAAAUUCCAAUUGACUGAAAAGAUUCAAAACCCUUCCCCGAAAAAAUAGAGCUUUGUGUCUUACAAGGGGAAGAGUAAAUAAGGCAGUAGUGUUAAAAAUCAAAAUCUUGAAGGAACUGGUAGCAUCAUAGGCAAUUAACCUAAAAAAUCAUCUAACAAGGGUAAUUUAAAUGUAAAAGUGUUUGAUGAUAAUGAUGAUUCAAUGGAAGAUUUAAUUGAAAGUAAGAGAUAAACACCAAUCAUUAAAGUCAAUAAUUUAUGUCUGUAAAUGUAAGCAUUAAGCAACAGACCUUCGAAUAUCAAUCCUAAUAAGCGAUUAUCUAGUAUCAAUAAUUCGCCCUCUAAGUUUAAUGAGUUUGAAAAAGAUGAAGUCAAAUUACGAAUAAAGACAGUAGUAAAUGAGAUUUAAACUAGAAAAGCUUAUGCUCCUAGUUUAUAAGUUUAUAACUUGAGUGAUCCGCAAUUAGAAAAUGAUGACGAUAUUGUAGAUGACGAUAUCUAUACAUUCAGUAAUAUGUACAAUAGAGCCAUAAAACCUUAACCUGUGUAAGUCAGGAGUGGACUCAAUUUCAAUAGAAUAGGAUCACUUAGUGACUAUAAGGAUGUUGAGGAUAAUAAUGUAUAGUUAAUGAAUAAAUAAGGGUGGCUCCAUAAAAGAACUGAAUCAGCAAUUUUCAAGAAAUUUAAAAGGAGAUAUAUGGUCUUAGAAAGCAAAAAGCUAAAGUACUAUGAGGAUAGUUCGUAAAGUAAACUAAUUGGGUGUAUAGAUUUUGACCUGAUUUAGUUUGAAAUCAAAGUUUCAAAUAAAUCAACAGCUAAAGUAUUCAAAUUGAUACUUUUACAUCCAUUAAAUGGUAGCUCAGAAGGGUCUAGCACUACUCAUUCUGCAGCAAUAUAAUCUAAUAGCUCCUAGAGUGUAUAAAGAUCUAAAUUCGUCUUUAUGACUGAAACAACCAAAGAUUUGCAUGAAUGGGUAGAUGCUAUAAAUAUUCACCAGAGAUAAAGUGAGGGAUUCAAAGGGGCCUUAGUUUUGAAGUAUUCAAGUGGUAAGCUUGUGUUGUUUGAGAGUCUUAGAGAUACUGGAGUGUCUGUUUGUGAAUGGAAUAAAUUCAUUAAUAAAAAAUGGUUCGAUAUGUACAAUAAAGUAGUCUUCAGGAAGUUACAUUUUCCUAGAUCAUAGGGGUUCUCAACUGUAAUUGAGGACUUUGUUUAGUAAUCAGUAGGCAAGAAGUUUAAAGUCAAUGCGAGCAAGUUAUUAAGAAAAAAAUGCGAAUCAGACACAUAAAGUGUAAUCAAAGGAGACAAAACUUAUUUUUGUUCAGAACUAGUUGCAAGUGCCUAUAAAAGAUUAGGUAUUUUGGAAUAUGAAUUAGCGGCUUCAAAGUAUUGGCCUGGAGAUUUUUCAUAAGAAAAUGGUGAAAAGCAAGUUAAAUUCCUUAAUGGAGCUAAAUUAGGUGAGGAAUUACUUCUAGAUUUUAUCAUAUGA